AUGGAGGAAAGAGCUGAAACUCACCUGUUCAGAGCAGCUCUACAUAUUAUUAUGACGAUGUGUGUGUUUGCCUCUCCGUUGGUGGUGGCGGGCAUCGUGAUCGGUCUCGUGCUCCUCCUCUCCUUAAUCGUCAUCAUCGUGGGCAGCAUGAGGAAGAAGAAAAGCUCUCACCUGAACUUCGACGGUUUGUCACUUGGAGGGUCGAUAGGUGAACUGAGGUCGGAGUGUAUUGAUGAAUUCUCUCCUGCGUUCGACUUCGAUUUCUACACCGACGGCUUCGUUUAUCCAGAUGCGCCGCCUCAUUACGACGAGUGUGUCGGACCCGGCGCGACGCAGAUAUUCGUCCCCACAGACGACCCGCCUCCCUACUCGCACCCUUGUCUGGACGGUUGGGAGCUCGGCGCCGGUUCCUGGUUGUUAGCGAGCGACGUCUGCCGCCGUCCUGUUGAGCCGCGGAACUUUCGAGAGCGGCGGAUCGCCUCUGUGUCUGUUUUGCCCUCAUCGCUGGACGAACUUCCGUCCUACGAGGCGGUGACGGAGCAGCGGAACCAGUCCAUUCCACUGGUGUCCAUUCACACAAUGAAACACAACGGCUUGUUUUGGCUGUUUGUCCCGAGGCUGCCCAAAGGUCUGGUCGUCAAGAGCGGACAGGUGUGGUGGUGA